GCUCCCUACGCGGCCACGGUUCGGGAACACUCGGAGCCGCGCUGGCGCGCCGGCUGGAUCGGUCGGAGCGGAGCGCCUCUCCAGCGCUGCCGCGAAGUUUCGCUCCCUCGAAGCACGCCUCAAGAAACCGCGAGGAAAUGCCCGCAACUUUCUGUCGAAUCGAAAGUGCGCGUGCUGCUGCUCGUCCUGGAGACUGUUGUCGGCGUUUCGCGCUCAGAUCAUUGCGCGCUAAACGCGGUUUUUCCGGAAGCGUAAAGUGCGUUGUAGGCUGAAACCUUGCGGGUUUGAUGAACAGUCGGAAAGGACAGGAGGAUACGACUGACGCCGCAACAGGUCUCCAAGACCAACUCUCUGCGCGCAGCUCGCUGCGUUCGCUUUUUCUCGUGAAUUUUUUUUUUUGUUGCGCUGCUGCAAGUCGUCCUCUUGAGGACACUCGGGCUGCCGCAUUUUUGGAAACUUGGAUUUUGCGGGAACCUUCCAUCAAUCGAAAGGUGGGAAAGAAGACAAUAAGAGCCCAGGGCCUUCCACUUUCCUUGAAACAUUGACUUGUCAAGGAUUCAAGUUUUUGGGCAUACGUUAUCAGGGAGGCCCCUAAAGCGCUCACAGCAACCACAGCCAUCGCCACAAACUACGAUGGAAGAUUCUGCGCAACGAGACGGGAAGCCUGGCCUGACUACACAGCUUUGGCUCCUGUACCAAUCAGAGAAGUUCGUGCAGCAGUAAAUUGGUGCUCUCGGGCCUCAGCCGGACGUUUAAUAAGGGUACCUCUAUCAUGACCGCGAGGUGCGAAGACCUGCGCGACUGACGCAUGCGCUCGUUCGCCGCAAUGUUGUCAUCUAUUAAGCCGAGUUUAUCGGAUAUCAUUCUUCCUUGAUCUCAAAACACCAUGGUGAAACCGGACACAAGAGCCAUGGACGAGGAUGACGGAGUCCUCUGGACUUCGGCGCCCUUGCCCAGCGCCACAACUGUUGCUGAUGCGGCUAAUACAUCAUCAUUUGAAGUCGCCGAUGUGGUGGAAGCCUUUCCUGGAGGGAUCGCAAUGUCCGUGCAGGAAGCCGUAGCCACCGCCCUCUCAUUAAGCUUCAUCACCGUCUUCACCGUGGUAGGCAACGUGCUGGUUAUUUGCUCCGUCUUCAACCAUCGGCCCCUGCGCACUGUACAAAACGUGUUCCUCGUCUCUCUGGCCUUGGCUGACAUCGCCGUGGCGCUUCUCGUCAUGCCUUUCAACGUGGCGUACUCGAUAAUGGGCCGCUGGGUGUUCGGGCUGCACUUCUGCGAGUUGUGGCUCACCUGCGACGUCCUCUGUUGCACGGCGUCCAUCCUAAACUUGUGCGCCAUAGCGUUGGACCGGUACUGGGCCAUACACGACCCCAUCAACUACGCCCAGAAGCGCACGCUACGACGGGUGCUACUCUCCAUCUUUCUGGUGUGGGUCAUCAGCGCCCUCAUCUCGGUGCCGCCUUUGAUUGGCUGGAACGACUGGCCCGAGCAGUUCGACGAGACAACGCCUUGCCGACUCACGCAGGAGACCGGCUACGUCCUGUACUCGGCCAGUGGAUCAUUCUUCAUCCCGCUGCUCAUCAUGAGCAUCGUGUACCUCAAGAUCUUUCUGGCUACACGCCGUAGGCUGCGAGAGCGGGCCAACGCCGCCGCCAAGGUACCGAGCUCGGCUACCCGCUGUCCGGCAAGUGCCGAGCCGUCGGUCGCGCUUCUUCAAGAGCGCCACCUUUCGUCAUCGGAGGACACACCUCCUCCGCAGCCCCGCGGGCCGGCCAGGGAAAGCCGGCCGUCGCUCGCCGACACCAGCGUAACGCUGGAGCAGAACGGCCGGCCGCCCAGCGUGAAGGUGUUCACCUGCUGGGAGGAGCGGCAGCGGAUCUCGCUCUCGCGCGAGAGGCGAGCCGCCCGCGUGCUGGGCAUCGUGAUGGGAGUGUUCGUGCUGUGCUGGCUUCCGUUCUUCAUAAUGUACGUGACGGGCGCCUUCUGCGACGAAUGCGUUCAGUCCGACCGCCUCGUCAACUUCAUCACUUGGCUGGGCUACGUGAACUCGGCGCUCAACCCCGUCAUCUACACCGUGUUCAACACCGACUUUCGUCGCGCCUUUCGCAGCCUUCUCUGCUCCGGAACGCGCAGGACGCAUUUGUGAGGAGGGCGACGCCUUCCCUUCUCGAUACGAUGUGCGAGCGCGGGAACAAACUUGUGAGAGGCAGCCCGUGUUUUUCUUGUCAGUAUAUUGUGAUGGCGUAGCGCUUCAGGCUGACUUCGAGCCGUAAACUUGUAAAGCGUUCUGAACGGUGGAGCGUGUGAUGACCGUGGUGGUGCGGCGUGAAAUAUUUCAUGGAGGGUUCUGGUGCUUGUGAAUAUACCAAAGAAGGAACACAGUUUGCGAGUCCUGGUGUAUUUUAAAUUAACACAAUCGUGAAAGGCUGGUUUCGAUAUAGCCUUAAUUAGAUUAGGCCCAACUACCUGGUUACGCCAGCCCGAAGAAGUGUUAUAACAUGAAGGGUCAUUCUUUGUUUUCGUGUUGUAUCGUACUGCAGUGUUGCACAGUGAAUUGUGCUGCUUCUUAAUGUCCCAGAGAAGAAACAUAAAAGGAGUUUUUUGGUGUUUUAGGUUAACACAACUGUAAAAAGCCUAUUUAGAUGUAGCUGUCAUUAUACCCAUUAACGUCGUGUACGUCUGCCUCCAGAAUCCGCAUAUGCGAUGAAAUGUCAAGUUCUCUGAUGAAGCUGUGCAUAUCUCCUGCAAAGAAAAUUGCGUUUGUAAUUCUGGCAGACGUGAUAUUCGUUAUUGUUAUUUGAUAUCAUUGUUAAACAAAAUUUCGCACUAUCGCAAUAAUGUGUCAACGGUGUUAUUAUUUAGAUGGUUCUAAAGCGCAUGAACCUACAGUUUAGUUUAAACAGACGAAAGCGGCAAAAAUGUCUCCUAUGCUUUCACUAGUGUUUCUCGUACAAAAAGAAACUGAGAGGCAUGCCUGUCUAAGAAACGAAAAAUUUCUAACAUUACGCAUAUUCGAACCAACAGAUAGCGUCAAUUUAUUGUGAGCCGUAAUAAUUGCGGCCGUAUGCAGAAUUCUAGAUAAUAGGUGGGUGAUUACGUUCUUCGCAAUCUUACCGGCGUUAAAUAUUUUAGGGGAGACCGCAGUAGCCGGGGAAAGUGCUAAACAUUCUCACAAAAUAACAGCAUUUUGAUUGCCUUAGCUGGUUCACGUAGGACGGGUAAACCUUCGACCAGUCUGAAUAAAUAUCUCCAUAUAAAGUUUUUAUUGAAUAUAUCGUACAUCCUCGGCGCCUUUAGCGUCAUUCCAGAAGUAUCAGCUAAUAGUUAUAGGUGCAAUACUGCUUUACACUACCUAUGCUAUUUCAGUAUGAAAUCAUGGUUUGCAGAGACACUCCGUGCUUUGUAUCCCUGGCUACACCAGCAAAGUACUUUUGUUAGGUUGAACUUAUUGGGCACUUAGUAGGGGUUGUCAACUAGGUUCAGUAGAUAGGCAGCAAACCAAGUUACUUUGUCGUAUCACGGUCACGCGUGAAUUUGUAUGUGUGCUUCGUGUAGUUGUUGUAUUUAGAUAGCACCUGUUGGUGGAGCAAAGGUUUCUUCGAUUGGGGAGGGGGGAUGAGAGUGUAGAGAAGAAAGAAGCUCGAGCCUUGACGGCGAGCAACAUCUUCCUUAGCGGAGGAUGGGAGAAUGGAGCCUUAACGCGGCUUUUUAAACCGCUCUCCUCUGCCGCAAAACAUAAGUGCGCGUUCGUACCUUAUCGACGGGGGCUCUCGCUCGCAGGAGUAUUGUCCUCGCAGUCUCGUCUCCUGUCUGUACGUAUGUAACUCUGUGACACCUGUCGCCUUCCUUCUAGUUAACGUGAGCACUUACACCAUGCAUCGUGAUAUUAGCUUAGCCCUGAACUUAAUCCCGCCCAUAACAGGUCCCCCACCAUAUGUGAAAACAAAGCACUAAGACAGAAAAGCCAAUACCAGCGGAAUAAAUGAGCGAAUACGGCGUUUAAUAUUGCAUAGGUUCUUUAUCGCCUGAGUAUCAGCGGUACAAACACAUAGGUAAAUAAAGUGGGCGUUUCUAUAUGUGCUAAUCAGGCCGGUCUUCAUACAUCCUGCAGCUAAUUGACAGGUAAGAGUAAAUUAAUAAUUAGGUGCAAAGAAAGAAACCACGACAUAAUCAUCACCAUCGCUUUAAGCAUUUAUUGCUGAAUGCUUGAAAUACGCAUUCUGCAUCAUAAGUAACAGCACGUUUACGUUAUAUAAGAGAAGUAAGGGUGCCAGAAGUGAGCAGUUUAUCGCCUUGUUUGUAAUCGUAUUGUUUUUCAUUUUUUUCCACUUAACCAUGUACAUGAAAAUUAUAAACGACCUCAUUAGUAAAUUCUUGUUAGAGCUAGAUGCAGCAGCUGUAGAAAAUGAAUAAGAAAAUUCGUUCAUUCAGCACAUACAAUCUGUGUCCUUAAAGAAAAAAGUGCUAUAGGCCGGAGCGUAUGUUCGACCAACAAUACUAUAUAAUAUAAGAAUAUAAAGAAACUGAAUCUUGCUCAUAAAGAAAUAUUCUAUAGCAUCGCUUUCUCGGCUAUCCACAUUGCAAUUAAACUUCAUUUUAAUAAUCUUUGUCACAGUACUGUUUUGUUGCGUUAGUACAUGGCAGGUGGGUCUCUGGCCUCUAAAAAAAUGCCAGGCCCCAGAGCUACACUACAGUAAGCUGACACGUAAUUGUACGUGUCAAUUUGUUUACGGGUAAGGAGUCUUUUAUUGUGUAUUAACCUGUUUCCUCACAAUUCUAUUUCGUACUUGUUUUAGGCUAACUUGACAGUUGUUCUCGUAAUGCAAUAAAGCACUUAAGGAACAUCAUUUGACGCUGGCACACAUAACUGACUGAGGCGGCACAUGUUACUCUCUACAGAACAUUUAGGUUGAUAGCUACAUUUAUGCUAACUUGUCACAAUUUCAGCGACAAUCAAGCAGGUUUAGAAGUUCAAAACCAAAGUAAAAGAAAAGUUUUAAAUACAAACCAGCUGUGAAAACAAAAAAGAACGUUCUGCAGCGUGACUAUAGCGUUAGAGAUGCACAUGUAAUAUUAAAAUUCCGAGAGCGCUUCGUGUACGUCUUUAGAAAUGUAAUUGUGCAACAAAACUCAAACAACCAGGCAUCCAAGUAGGUUACUGCAUUAGAAGUAACAAGCAGUGUUGGUAUUAGUUUUUGUGCACAAUGUCACCAGUUCGCGGCCCGUAGCAAUCUAUGUUUAGCAAAUGCGCUAAGGGAUGAUGGUGACAAUAUUCUUAGAAUUCUGUCUUUUUUGAUGUUUCAAUUUUUUUAGAUGCCUUCUUUACCAUUUUUUUAAUUAAGGCUUUAAAUUACCCGCUGCGGUGGCCAAUGAAUGGUCGGAAUGUGAAAAUCGAAAGCAGCACUGAUUUUCUGAAACGUUAUUAGAUCCCAAGAUUGCACUUUGCCAAGAAAACAGCUAGACGAACCCAGAUGGCUCACUAAUCAGCUUUUUGGUUUGCCUUUGAGGUAACGACCAAUGAAGUCGUACUUAUCACCCAUACGCAAAGUGAAAUGCAGGUGAGGCAUUGAAUUGAGAUAAAUUCCCCUGAGUAAUUUUCUCAGAGCAAUGUACUCUCCUUUGAUGUCACGAAACAGGGCACAAAAAAAAUGCUGAGAAACCCCCCAAAAACGUAAUGUUGACGUGAUGCAGACAAAAACUAGCUAAAAUUAGCGACUUAAUCAGUAAGUUAAAGAAAAUCUUAAGAGGCCGUCUACCUUGUGGAUUCUCGAGUAAUCCUUUUGUCUAACGAACAUUUCAGAACUUCCAUUCAUCAAAUGCACCUUAAUCCGGCUGCUGAAUGCCAGCUUUCUCGCCGAGUUGUGUGGUACAACAGGUGACCAGAAAAUUCGAUGGUGUUGGGCUAGCUCUCCGAACCAGAAUAAAGUUUUCAACUGCGCGGCAAUAUUCCAGACGAGUUGCAAGGGAUUUUCCUUGUCAUCUAGUGAUUUCUAAAAGGUGGCACGAACUUUUUUAUUCAUAUUCUACUUUAGCUUCAGGAAUUUUGUUCCAAAUGCUCCACUAAAUUAAACUCCGGAAGAAAUAACUGUUAUGUGAGAGAAAGUCCUAAUAUCGUAAUGCGCACAAUUCGAAAAGGACUUGUAUUGUACGAAAAUUAGCCGGAGACAUGGUUACGUGGUCAGUAAACUAAAAUAUGCACUAAACAAUAAACUAAAACAACAAAUUACAACAUUAAAAUACUUCCUGUGACAUGCAGCUUGGGUUUACACUAUCUAGCCUUUCCCUUUUGAGAUGUAUCUCACACAGAAAUAUCAAGCAGCGGAGUCAGCUUCAGAAUAUUUGUUCGAAGCUUUCUGGUGCUCAAUGACGUCAACAUUUUCUGGCGCACGAACAGCUCUCCAAGCGCGACUCAACAACGCCAAUGUAAGCGUGAUAUUAUUGCAAACAGCUUGAUGUGGCUAUUAUCUUACCAAACAAAUCUGCUUUCUAAAAGUGCACUGGCAUUAAAUUGAUCUGUUUCUUGCUCAGCAAGCUUGUUUGUGUUAGGCAAAAUGAAAUAUCUGCGAAAUUAAGCAUUUGUUCUACAUGUACAUUGUGUAUUAAAACGCUAGAUUACAUGCAAAAGAAUUACAUACAAAAGUAUGACACAUUAUUUAGACAAAAGAGCUCAGUGCAAAUCUAUUCCUGUACGUCAUCAAUUUGUGAUACAGUCAUGUGGCUCUGCAUUCUCAGUUAUUAAGUAAUUGCAACAAACAACAGUCUUUAAUCAAAUAUUUGCAAGCGCGUUUCUCUAUAGAUAAAAAUUCAAAUAUCCGCACGUAAUGUUACGUUUUCCAUACUAACACCAAGAAUAUUUUCCAGGUGACUUUUGUGCAUUAAACGCAGUUGGUGCUACAUGCUACGUAGCUCAUCUUUAUUUAGGCCAUGUUCCAUUAUUUACAUCACAUAAAGCUGCAUGCAUCUGUUUUUUCGUUAUUUUUGAAAUAAUUUAAUACCGUUGCUUUCCAAUAAAUUUGUUGCAAGAAAGUACAAUAAAAAUGUCUGGCUUGAUUCACGUUGGUGUUCGUAACAAGAAAUGCAUAAAGUAGAAUAGAUGUUGUUCCUUGCUUGGUAUGGUGCAAUUAUUAUGUGACGAACUGACUCUUGUAGCUCAGAUAUCGCUCAUUGAAAACAUUUGCCCAAAUUUGAUGUUAUUUACAUUAUCCACAUAAUAGACUACCGCUAUAGCUAUCUUACUCAGGUAAACAUACCAUCUAUGGAGUGUCUACGGUAGAGCUUUCCGUGUGUGGCUACAAAUUUUGUUGGCCUUUACUACUUCAUUACUGUAUCUAUUAUAUUUCCUUCCUGAAGAGCCUGAAACUUUAUUUUCCUACAGAAUCAUUUUCUGACAGGCAGAGUAGAAUAAGUACAGCCACUUUUUUUAUUGAUGGUAUCAUGUUGCUCAUUGAAGGAUAUAUGAAAUGUACAUGAACGAUAUUAUAACCCUUGGAUGUUUACUGGGUGUGAAACCAAGUGUGUUGUGCCCCGUAAUCUUCACUAUGGUGCUUUUACCCACCCUGUGCUUCAGACAGCUGAACAUUGUAUAGUGUACGUGUAAAGUUAUGUAAGCUAUGUCCUAUAUAUUUAUAAAAAACUAGUCAAGCGCAGGAAUUGUGUUUCAAGAAUUCCGUCUUCCAUGUGGAGGACCUCAAACUUUUUUUCGUGCAAUGUACAUCUACGCAUUAAAAUGUGAUAAGCUCUCUA